AUGGGCGUCGAAGACGUUCUGAAGGUGCUGUUGGGCAAAGCUGACAAUGUCCCCGGCUUCAUUGAAACCCAUCCCAAGCUCACAUUUGGCGCCUCUGUGCUACUUUGCUACACGCUACUAUGCAAGGCUCUACGUUUUCAGCGGCUGCGCAGGAUGCAGUCCAAGUACCCGUACAAGACGCGGGGUGACAUGGCGCGCAUGACAAAUGAAGAGGCGCAAGAGAUCCAGAAAGAGCUCAUCCAAUGCGAGUUUCCGUUCACCAUGAACAAGGCACUGCAGUUUGCCUUGUUUCGCACGUACGGCAUCCCGACCAUCAGUAGGUUGCUUGUGCAGACUCAGCAGCUCUCUGAGAAGGAACAUGCACCCAGGCGCUACGUCGAUACCGAAGUGCUGAUCCAGGACUUUAUCGCCAACUCUCCGGAAUCAGAACGCGCCAAUGCCGCCAUUGCGCGUAUGAAUUACUUGCACAGCCUAUACCGCAAAUCCGGCAAGAUCUCGAACGGCGACUUGCUGUACACGCUGGCAUUGUUCGCGCUUGAGCCAAAGAACUGGAUCAAUCGCUACGAAUGGCGUAAGCUUACCGACCUCGAAAUAUGUGCACUCGGCACCUUCUGGAAGUCCGUUGGCGAUGCCAUGGAAAUCUCCUACGAGGAACUGCCGGGCUCAACAGAGGGCUGGAAGGACGGGAUCCAGUGGAUCGACGAGGUUGCGAAGUGGAGUGAAGCAUACGAAAAGAAGUACAUGGUCUCCCACCAGGACAACAAGAAGACAGCCGAUGAAACGACUGCCAUGUUGCUCUACGAUGCUCCCUCGUCCUUACAUCCCGUCGGUUUCAAGGUCGUCUCGGCACUCAUGGACGGACGGCUGCGAAAGGCCAUGAUGUAUCCGGAUCCGCCUGCCGGCUUGGUCUCGGCUAUCGAUGUUGCGUUUAAGAUCCGCGCCUUCUUGCUGAGAAAUCUCGCCCUGCCGCGACCACAUUUCCUGCGGUCGCAGAGAAUGUCUGAUGAACCCAACAAGGAUGGGAGAUACUACCAGCUUUCCUAUGACGUCGAUCCCUGGUACGUUGAAGCAACCUUCGCCAAUCGCUGGGCAGCAAAGUCUUGGCUGAAGUGGAUGGCGGGUAAACCGUAUCCAGGAAGUGCAGGCUUCAAGUCGGAAGGCUAUGUUCUCGCAGAGAUUGGACCCAAGAACCUCGAGGGCAAGGGGACAGAGUACGUCACGGAGGCAAAAGAGCGUUUGCUCAAGCAGGGUCGUGGCGGUUGUCCUUUCGCUGUGGCGAAGAGCUAA